AAAUCCUUCGAAAUGCCAGAUAGCGAAGUUCUCUAAGUGGAAAAGUUAAGAAAUUGCAGAUUCGCUUUAUUUCCGCACACAUUUGCUCUACAAAGGAGGACGAGAGCAAUGGGAGAGAGGGAUGGGUGAAAUGCUUGUGUGUUGUCCAAUUUCGAUCAUAAAUUUUAAAUUUUUUCAUAAAAAUGUCAUAACAGCAAUUCCAGUGACAACAGAAAAGAGAGAAAAUAAAGGCGGACAAAAGGCGGCGGCCGAAAAAAGAAGAGGCAGAGCUGUCUUUUUGUGAUUUUGCCGAGUCGGCGUUUUCAUCUGUCGAAAUAUAAGGGUUUUUUUGUAACACCACUAGAGGGUGAUCCCAUAAAGAAGUCAAAUACAAAUUUUGGCUAAUUUGUAUCGAAGGGCGGCACUCACUCAAAACCAGCGCACUCAAAAUGAAUAAUGCACGGUAAUUUAAUCAACAAUAACAUUUUGCCAAACAAAGCAUAAAACACUUAAAAAAGCAUAGCACUCAAAGCGGGACUCCAAUAGUUUCACCUCAGCUCGCACAUUCUCACUUUAUAUUCAUAAAGAGUCGAGUUAGUCGCUCAACUCGGAAAAUCACUCACUCAAAGCAGCGAGGCGGCCAUCAUGCGAGAGAGCGAGAACGAGAGAGAGCAGUGGCGGUGCUUGGCUUGGGUGCAUGCGAGCAGGAGCGGGACAGACAUAUGAGCUGGCUGCGCUGCCAUCUUUCUUAUUGCCGCCGCUGCCGCAGUCGACGUCGAGUCAUUCGAGUCAGGAGUGAGCCAAAAUGAAUUGUCACAAACUCAGCAUCCAAACUUGCCCAUAAGAACGCUCGCAUGGCUUUUGUAUUGCGCCAUAAACGUUUCGCUGCUCGUAACGCCACAACGCUCGACGUUUCGCAGCGGCUUUGCUUUCGCUUCUCUUCUCGCGCGUAAAGCGGUCUCCCCAAAAAAAUAGAAAACCAAAAAUAUAAAGGAAAACCCCCUCCGUAGACAGACACAACUCAAAGUCUCCAACGACUCAAAGCGCCUCAGUCGCUGCCGCUCUUCCACUCUGCCGCCGUUUCAGUCGACGCCGCUGCCCGCGCUGGCAGCAAGAAUUACCAAUUACACGAAAUUUUUAUACUCUUUUAAAAAUUUCGUUUUAUUAUAAUAUUUAUUAUCGUGGCGCGCAGUAGUGUCUGCGGAACUCAGCUCUCCACUCUUUGGAAUUUCGGCCCUCCGAUUCCGAUUCCGAAUCGGAUUAUACGAUUAUACGACUAUACGACUGUAGUGCGGCUAUACGAUUCAGUUUCCGAUUCGCCGUGUUUAUUGUUCCGUUUCGGCCGCCGGCUUAUUGUCACUUAAGUGUUACAGAUCGCGUAAAAUAUAAUAAAACUGUGUGUGAAAUUCAGAACCGAAAAAACUGUCAAAACACUACGGUUUAUAACUCUCUGUGUGCGGUUCAUAAAAAUUAAAAAGACAUAAAGUUGACAUCGUAAAAAGGUUCUCGCCUUUCCGUUCCAGACUUCGAUAGUUCUUUCUACCUGCAAAGUGUUUUAUUGCAUUUUAAACAAAGUAAUUAAAGCAAAUCGUUGGGAGAAAGCAUUUCUCCGACCACACACACACACUCACGCACUUGAAAAGUCGUUAAAAGCCAAAGGAAAACUCACUCUGCCAUAAAAAUACAAGAGUGCCAUUAAAAAAGAUCGCGCGCCUAUAAAUCACACGUACGAAAUUCCGCCGGCACGACACCCAUUCGAAUUUCCGCGUAAUUGAUGACCGCAUUUUAAUUGCUUUUACAACAAAUAAAAGAUACACACACCCCAAACACACGCAUGCGACACACACACUUGUGCCACAGCUGGAAAAACAUCGCAACCCGAGACCAUAUGCAAAUUUAACAAAUUUCGUUGUGAAUUCGCCAGCUUCGAGCGAAUAAAGUAACAGAAACAGAAAAGCUGCAAAUACAAGCUGCUCGCCAAAAGUUCGCUAGAGAAAACUUGAGAAAGCCAUUAACCAAACGACUCAGAGAAAGAACUCAAAUCAUUCGAACUCAGAAAUCUCCGAAACCAAAAUAGAACAACAAGUGGACUAAACGAAAUUCCGAAGAUCCGAUCCUCGGCCAGAGAGCAAAAUAUGUGCAAUGUCAAAAUUUGUUUUCGAUAGUAUGCUGCCAAAGUAUCCACAGUUCCAGCCGUUUAUCAGUUCGCACCACUUAACCACCACCCCCCCGAAUUCGUCAUCUGCAGCAGUUGCCGCCGCCCUAGCCGCCGCCGCCGCCUCUGCCUCCGCCAGCGUUUCAGCCAGCAGCAGCAGUAACAACAACAACAGCAGCAACACGAUCGCUGGAAGCAACACAAGCAACACCAACAACAGCAGCAGCAGUCCCAGCAGCAGCAGCAACAACAACAGCAAUCUCAACUUGAGCGGAGGAUCCCUAUCGCCGAGCCAUUUGAGCCAACAUCUGGGCCAAUCGCCCCACUCACCCGUCUCCUCAUCGUCGCCCUUCCAGCAGCACCACCCACAGGUGCAGCAGCAACACCUGAACCACCAGCAGCAGCAACACCUGCACCACCAGCAGCAGCAGCACCACCAAUACUCCUCGCUCUCGGCCGCCUUUCAGCUGCAGCAGCAACAACACCACAUCAGCAAACUAGCCGCCGCCGCAGUUGCCUCGCACGGACACGCCCACCAGCAACUGUUGCUCACGCCCCCGUCGGCGGGCAACUCCCAAGCGGGCGACAGCAGCUGCUCCCCGUCGCCCUCGGCGUCCGGUAGCUCCUCGCUGCACCGCAGCCUCAACGACAACUCUCCCGGCUCCGCAUCCGCGUCCGCCUCCGCAUCCGCGGCCAGUUCCGUCGCUGCCGCUGCAGCCGCCGCCGCCGCUGCGGCCAGUUCCUCGUUUGCCAUCCCCACCAGCAAGAUGUAUCCGUACGUGUCUAACCACCCCAGCAGCCAUGGAGGACUCUCCGGAAUGGCCGGGUUUACCGGACUGGAGGAUAAGUCGUGCAGCAGGUACACGGACACCGUCAUGAACAGCUACCAGUCGAUGAGCGUACCUGCCUCGGCCUCCGCACAGUUCGCUCAGUUCUAUCAACAUGCCACAGCCGCCGCAUCGGCGGUAUCCGCGGCCAGUGCCGGCGCGAUCGGCGUGGACUCGCUGGGAAACGCGUGCACACAGCCCGCCUCCGGCGUGAUGCCGGGGGCAGGGGGAGCGGGCGGAGCCGGUAUCGCCGAUCUGCCCAGAUAUCCCUGGAUGACGCUUACAGACUGGAUGGGAAGCCCCUUCGAGCGUGUCGUUUGCGGCGAUUUCAACGGCCCCAACGGCUGUCCCCGAAGGCGCGGUCGCCAGACCUACACUCGCUUCCAGACCCUCGAACUGGAGAAGGAGUUUCACUUCAACCACUACUUAACUCGGCGAAGGCGCAUUGAGAUAGCACACGCCCUCUGCCUGACCGAGCGGCAGAUCAAGAUCUGGUUCCAGAACCGGCGCAUGAAGCUGAAGAAGGAGUUGCGAGCCGUCAAGGAGAUAAAUGAACAGGCGCGACGCGAUCGCGAGGAGCAGGAGAAGAUGAAGGCCCAGGAGACGAUGAAAUCCGCCCAGCAGAACAAGCAAGUGCAGCAGCAGCAGCAACAGCAGCAGCAACAGCAACAGCAGCAGCAGCAACAGCACCAGCAGCAGCAGCAACAGCCGCAGGACCACCACUCGAUCAUCGCACACAAUCCGGGCCACUUGCACCACUCCGUGGUAGGUCAAAACGAUCUCAAGCUCGGCCUUGGCAUGGGCGUGGGCGUCGGAGUGGGCGGCAUCGGGCCGGGCAUUGGUGGCGGAUUGGGGGGCAACCUGGGCAUGAUGAGCGCCCUGGACAAGAGCAAUCACGACCUGCUAAAGGCGGUCAGCAAGGUCAACUCCUAAGCUGAUAGCCACCCAUCGCCCAGCCGAGCCAACGAGCCACUCUUCCACCAGCCGCACCACUAGCACCACCACCGCAGCCACCGCCAGGAUGAGCCAGGAUCAAACCUGAUCAACCAGGAUCAGCAUCCGGCGGUUUUUUCGUCUCCUCGUCUGUGUAACGCGCGAGAUAGCAAGCAGAAGAUAAACUCGAUAACUAAAAUACGUAAAGUUUUACAUAGUAAAUAGUUGCAUAAGUUGCAUAAGUCUACAAAAAACAUACAUACACGCAAAUGGCUGGGUGCGAUGGCUUAGAGGCGAUUAACUGGGCCGGGUUUCAUUGCCGUGGAUCGAAGUUUUCUGAGGUUUCCCCACUGCAGUGGCCUAUUUGAUAGAGCAACGCAUGCGAUUCCCUUCCAGAUCUCCAGUGGGAAUUUGUGUAUCCGACAUUUCUUCCAUACUUUCGCUUUUGCAACCCCUAAACGGGCGAUUCAACCCCCAGUGCAGAGUCUCUGGGCCAACGGGCCCAAUUCGGUAAUAUUAAUGGAUAACUUGAACUACUUAGAAUAGCGGUAAAUGCCUAAGCAAGGAGUUAGCAGGAGACGCGAUCUAUAUAAAUAUAUAUAGAGUAUUGACGAAAUGAGCGAUUUUUGAUAGUCAGAGAACUCCGUUGCCCGCCCCCAACCAACUUCCAAUGGAAGAGGUUUUGGGGAGGGCAACUCGACGGAUUCGAGUGUAAAAUUAUUUGCGACUGCUGUAGAAUAACCUAGUUCGAUAUUUAGAGCCACGUUCGACUAUGUUAAACGGUAUAUAUAUAUACAUAAAUAUAUGGAUAUGCUUAAAGAUUAAAGAUACUUACCUAUAGAGUUAUAAAGCGUACGUUUUGUAUCCACCUAUUUAUUGGAAAUUUAUGUUUAUGUUUUUCAAAAAAAAACCCUCUUCCAAUGUUUUGUUAAGUGAUGUGUUUACUGUGUGUUUGCUGUAUUUCGUUGUAUGCCAACGCUUGAAUACAAUGAUUUCUUCAAUGCCAUAUUAAUCUUAACUCGCGAGCAAGUAAACAAUUAAGCAGCUAAAGUACGCAAAACAAUUGCGCAAGUAUUUCCAUAAAUACCAGUUGUAAGAACAAACGGUAUGCAACAUACCUAAAAGCAUAAUCACGAUUUCAAAUACGUAAUAUAAAUAAUGAGAUAUGAAACAGAAAUGGAAAAUGGAGUAAGAUGGAGCUGAGAAAUUAAAUGUCGUUUGCCAGUGACUAAAAUUUUAAAUUAACUACCAUUAAGCGAAGAACUAAAUAGGCAUCGCUUGAAAGGCCUGCAAAUCUACAAAAAAAAAAAAAACAAACAAAAAGGAAACUCUGAAAUACGUAUUAGCUUAAGGUUGCAACCACAAACAAACUGUCGAAGAAGGCCAAGAAAGGGGAGUUAUAAGAAUGGAAAUAUUAAAUAUUGGCAGAACCCAUAUACGUAGAUUUCAAACUUCCCGAAAUUAAAUUUACCUAGCGUAGUCUUUCGCGGAUUGCAAGUUGAAUUAAAGUCAGAAACUCUAUUUAUUAUACACAACCGGAGGGGAAGGCUUACACAGCGCGUAUUUACAUAAACAAUUAUUGACAAAUAUAUAUGAAUAUAUAUUACAAAUAUAUACAACUAUGAACUAACAUGUGUAUGUAUAAACACCUAAAUGUAUGUGUAUCUUGUAUGGUUAACACAAAAGCAGUCGAGUCAAGUAAAGUCACCUUUUGCCCAAAACCAGUCACCACCAAAAAAAAGCAUCCCCAACCAGCGCUCAUGUUUUUUCUCGAUGGGAUCCAUACUAUCCUAAUAUCUUACUGUCCUAGAGUCCUUUGUUUUUCGAGUCCCACUGGUCGAGUGAUAUUCCCGGGUGGCGACAACCUUUUGCCUUGUUUCACGACUUGAUUGAAGGAAACUGAGUGGUUUCUGUUCCUGUUCCCGCUUCAGUUUUGGUUUUUGUUGCGUUUCAGUUUGGUUUAAGUUAAAUGUUUAGUCUUUUUUGGACGGCCUAGCAAAUUAGCGCGUAAAUCUAUAUUUUGUUUGAACCCUAAUGCUAAAACUUCUGUUAAUUUUACUUUAAGUUUAGUUGUGACGAAUUGUGUAUUAUAUAAUUUUAUGCGAUUUUAAAAUGAAUGCGAAAAAAUUAAAAACACCCUUGUUUUACUCCGACUGGGAAGCAACUGCAACGAGAACCCAUCCAUACGCCGACCUUUUCGAUGAGGUCCAAAAACUCCAAAUCAAAUUUAAUAUUAGAUAAUGCCUAACGAACAUAUAUACGUAGAAUCACGUCGAUACUAUUUACUAACCAACCAAGUUUACUCACUCAGCCGGAAAUAUUCGGAGAUUGCGAUAGUUGAAGAACCCGCAUAUACGUAACUGAAUUAUAUUCGAACCUAAAGAAAUCCUAGUAUUAAUCCGACCGAAAACGAUCGGCUCCCAAAUAUUUGCCAUCGUAAUUGUACAUAAAACUGCAUGAAAAUAUCUAUGUUAAGAAAAUGGAUAAAACCUAGAAAGCAUAUUUCGUUUGCGUGCAAACAUAUUUCAGCCAAGGGGAUUAAUAAAUAUGAAAUUAUGAGCAAACCCAAAUAAAAAGGAAAUUACAAAUAACGUUAGGAUAAGCGAACAACUGCAGUGAAGAACUAAUAAAUAAAUAAAACCAA